AGUGAGGUCAUACAGUAUUUUUCUUUCCCUAUCUGAUAUCACACUUAGCAUUAUGUUCUCAAAGUCCAUUCAUAUUGUCAAAUGGCAAUAUUUCCUUCUUUCUCAUCUCUGAAUCAUAUUCCGAUGUGUAUAUAUACCACUCGUCCUUUUUCAUUCAUUUGUUAAUGGGCACCCAAGUUAUUUCCAUACCUAUGAUUUUCUUGUCUAUUGUAGAGCUGCUAGCUGUGUGAUAUUAGGAAAACCAUGACCUCAUUUCUUGUUUAUUUAUUUUUACUAUUUAUUUAUUUGACUGCAUUGGAUCUUAGUUGCAGCAUGCUGAAUCUUCGUUGCUGUGUGGGGGCUCUGUAGUUGCUGUCUGCCGGCUCUGUAGUUGUGUCGCUGGGACUCCAGAGUUCUGGGACUCAGAAGUUGCCUUGCACCACUUAUGGGCUUAGCUGCUGCCCAACAUACGGGAUCUUAUUUUCCCAACCAGCGACGACAACUGCGUCCCCUACAUUGCAAGGCGGAUUCUUAACUACUGGACUACCAGGGAGGUCCCACAAUGGCCUCAUUUCUGUCCCUCUUUCCUUUUUUUUUCGUAAAACAGGGAUGAUUAUCCUUUCUCACUGGCACAUGAUGUUUAGCGGAGCCUUACUGAAUUGUCCUAUUCCAUUUCCUCUGCUUUCUCCUGCCAGGUUCCUGAGAAGCAGCAGGAAAAUGCCACCUGGCUGGUGACAGAGUUUUUGCUGGUGGGUUUCUCCAACCUCCCAGACCUGAGAACCACCCUCUUUGCACUGUUCUUCCUCACAUACCUGGUUACCCUCAGCGGCAACGUGACCAUCAUCACCGUCAUCCACGCGGACCGGACCCUGCACACGCCCAUGUACCGCUUCCUGGCGGCGCUGUCCCUCUCCGAGACCUGCUACACGCUGGUCACCAUCCCCAACAUGCUGGCUCGUCUGUGGAUGGAGAACCAGGCCAUCUCUAUCUCUGGCUGUCGGGCUCAGAUGUUCUUCUUCCUGGGCCUGGGAUGCAGUCACUGCUUCCUCCUCACUCUGAUGGGUUACGACCGCUACGUGGCCAUCUGCCGCCCUCUGCGCUAUUCGGUGAUCAUGAGACCCACGGUUUGCCUCUGUCUGGGAGCCCUGGUUUUCUGCUCCGGCUUCUCGGUGGCCUCCAUCGAGACAAGCCUGAUCUUCUCCUCGCGCUUCUGCCGCAGCAACCGGGUGGAGCACUUCUUCUGCGACAUCGCCCCCGUCCUGAAGCUCAGUUGCACGGAAAGUGUCAGCAAAGCGCUGGCCAUCUUCUUCCUGAGUAUCCUCGUGGUAUUAAUCUCCUUCCUCCUUAUCCUCCUCUCCUACGCCUUCAUCGUGGCUGCCCUCCUGAGGAUCCCCUCGGCCGCUGGCCGGAGCAAAGCCUUCUCCACCUGCGCUGCCCACCUCACCGUGGUCAUCGUGCACUUCGGCUGCGCCUCCAUCAUCUACCUGAGGCCCGAGUCUGGAGGGAACCCAGACCAGGACCGCCUGGUGGCUGUGUUCUACACGGCGGUGACGCCGCUGCUGAACCCGGUGGUGUACACUUUGCGCAAUAAGGAGGUGAGGGUGGCUCUGAGGAGGAUCCUGGCCCGAAGCCACGUAAUUUUAAAAUAAACACUCCCUGGGACUUUCUGGUGAUCCAGUGGCUAAGCCGCAGCACUCCCAAUUCAGAGGGCCCGGGUUCCAUCCCUGGUCAAUGAGCUAGAUCCCACAUGUCAGCAACUAAGAAUUCAUUUCCAGCUGUGGUGCUCGAAAUGAGCACCCUUGGACAGCAAGAAGAUCAAACCAGUCAAUCCUAAAGGAAAUCAACCCUGAAUAUUC